CGUCGCCGGUCGACACGCCCCCAGCAUGGAUACACCGAGCAGGAACAGGCGCUCGGGAGACACGCACUAUGCUGGAGACUGUUUGAAGCCGCGAUGGGAGUUAACGCAUCCAAGUUUCUAGACUUCUUGUUCUUACCAGCGUCGUUGCGCUAAACAAAGACUUUGGGUUUCUGUUGUUUUCUCGCUCGCUCGCUCUCUCUAAAGGGAGGUUGUCUGCAUUUCUGUCCUAGGCGUUUCUUGCACAGGAUGUUGAUGAUAUUGGAAAGCCGGGUAAGAUCAUAAAGUCAGUUCUCUCUGAUGAGAACGACCUCCUCCUCUCCACCACCACCACCACCACCACUACACAAAGGGAACCACGGAACAAGUACUUUUUCUUCCCCUCUCACGGGAUCAUUUUUAUUUGAUUUUUGUGAAUGUCAUUAAGAAGCAGAGGGGGCUCUUUCAAAGACAAAAUGGAUCACUUUGCAGCAGAGUGCCUUGUUUCAAUGUCCAGUCGUGCAAUUGUUCAUGCUCCUAAAGGGAAUAGGGAGAUUAAACCAGAAAUCCCAUCCUCCUCCAAGAACGGGGAGGAAAUUAAGGAGCCUUUGGUGAAGGAUAACUCCUCUCUUUUUGUGGUGGCGCGGAUUCUGGCGGAUUUUAACCAGCAGACUCCCAACAGUGUUGCCGAGCAGGCAAAAAUAAAAGAUGAGAGCAUGCCGAACCUUAGAGAUGAUGGAAAAUCUGCCACACCUUCCACCAUCUCCGAUCCUUCGCUCAAACAAAGAGGCAAAAAACCGCGGGGACGAACUGAGCAAGAGCCGCCUCAGAAAAAGCACAAAUGCCACUAUUCAGGUUGUGAAAAAGUUUAUGGCAAAUCAUCUCACCUCAAAGCCCACCUAAGGACACACACAGGAGAACGGCCUUUCCCAUGCACCUGGCCCGACUGCAUUAAGAAGUUCGCCCGCUCUGAUGAGCUGGCCCGCCACUACCGCACCCACACGGGGGAGAAGAAGUUCAGUUGCCCCCUUUGCGAAAAGCGCUUCAUGCGCAGCGACCACCUGAUGAAGCACGCCCGGCGACACUCAGAUUUCCAGCCAGGAAUGCUGAAAAGACCCCACGGCGGCAGCGCCACACGUCCCAGCUCCCUCAGCGACUACAGCCGCUCAGAUGCCUCCAGCCCCACCCUCAGCCCAGCCAACUCGCCUUAAACUGAAACCCGGUCGCACUUUUCUGCCUCGAGACUGUGAGGCCCGUGUUUUCAUCAUAACACUUUUGUUGCACAGUUGUCAGCUACCCCCCUUCCCCACCCUCCCCUUUGCUAUUUCUGCGCUUGCUGUGGUGUACCAUAAUGUACAUAACUGCUUAUUGUAGUGCAAUUACUUGCGUGAUCCUAAAAGAAGAUAAUGCCUUUCCCAGAUGGCAAUAUCUGCAUUCAGUCUGUGUGUUUUUUUGGCUUCUGAUCACGGCUACUUGUUAAAUGUACGGUCGCAGUCAGCUAAACAAGGUCUAGACGAAGAAAAAAAAACAGACACCCUGACAGAUCUUCGAAACAUUUUUGUUUG